UUCCUGCUGAUCCUGUCACCAUGGGGCGUCAGCUGGUGUCCCUCCUGUCUGCCCUGCAAAUGGGCUACCUGGCCCGGCGGGUGGGAUUGUCCAGAAUAGCCCAUAAAGUCAUGCCUCCCUCUGUCACUGGACCUCCAGAGUUUGAGAGGACUUUCCGUGCACAUCAGAACUGUGUGGAGUGUUACCCUGUGUUUCUGGUGACACUAUGGACAUGCGGUGUGUUCUUCAGUGAGGUGGCUGCAGUUGGUGGAGGACUGAUGUACAUUGUUGCCCGGCAGAUAUAUUUCAACGGAUACGUCAAGUCCACCAAGAGAAGGUUACCUGGUCUCCACCUGACUUUAGCUGUCUUUGUCACUCUGUCUCUACUGGGUUUGACUGGGAUACUGUGUGGAAUACUACACAAGUACUUUAACAUCCACCUCUGAAGAGUUCAGUUCCGACCAAGUAUAACAGACCUAUGAAAGGAGGGUUACUUCAAAAAUACAGUUGUUCACAGGAUACUCGUGUUUGCAACUCAAAUCACAAAUGUUAUCUUUUUCAGUUCUGCACUCAAACCCCAGGGUCAAAAAUAUUUCAUUGUAGACUGUAAAAUGCAUUGUGUUUGCUCAACCUCCCAUAUACCUUGAAGUCUGACACACAUUUCGUGUAAUAACCUUAAUAACCUUUGUGUUGGAUGUCCCAUUUUAAUUAAAAAAA